AUGGCCAUGACGGCCGCAAGCACGAUGGCACCUAUGAGCGCCAUGAGUAUGAGCCACUCUGGUGGUAUGAGUAGCAUGAGUGGUAUGGACGGUAUGGACGGUAUGGACGGUAUGGGCAGCAUGGGAGGCAUGGGAGGCAUGGGCGACAUGGGCGACAUGGGAGGCAUGGGAGGUAUGGGCGGUGAGGACGGCAUGUCCUGCAAGAUGAGCAUGCUUGGCAAUUGGAAUACAAUUGGCAGCUGCUUCCUUACUCGUUCCUGGAGAAUCUCGACAGAGGCACAGUUCGCUGGUACCUGCAUUGGUAUUGCGUUCUGGGUUAUUUUGACAGAAUGUAUUCGCCGCUGGGCGCGUGAAUACGAUCGUCACAUUAUUGCUCAAGCUUCCCAAGACAUUUUGCGCUCGCAGGCGAGCCCAUCGGAGAAGUGGCUCGCUUAUCAGGAGAUCCAAAAUCUUUUGUAUGAUGAAGAGCGUGCGGAAAUCGACCGUACCGACUCUCGCGCUUUCCCAGCAAACGUAUUUUCAAGCGUGCUUGGUAUCCAAAACAGUCCAAUGCCUCGGGCCCUACGUCUUCGUCCAACGCUUCAACAGCAAAUAAUUCGCUCGCUAUUCCAUGCUAUUCAAUUCACCAGUGCGUACCUGUUGAUGCUUUUCGCGAUGUACUAUAACGGUUAUAUCCUUCUGUCUAUUAUUCUUGGCUCUAUGAUUGGAUACUUUGCCUCUACGUGGGACACGCUAGGAACAGCUCCUCUAAGUGGUUCCGCAUGCAACAUGGCAAGGAACCCAGUGAACACGGCAGAGGCUACCACCGCCCAAGCCAACCAGCCAGAGCGGCUCGACGCGUUGCCUGUGGCCCCCCUUUUGCAUUAG